CGAUAUCAUACCUUGGACGUCGUACUAUCACGUAGAGGAAUGUUUCUAUGAAUCACCGACCGUUGUCCAUCAUGAACUGCCAAAAGUGUCGCACCCCACUCAAGCUGGACAGCUCCUUAGAGGACUUGAAUCCAGCAGCAUAUGAUCUGCUCGUGGCCACUUACUCUCAACAAACGCCCAAGAAAGCGCUGUCCUCUAUCUCCGAAUCAUCGACGACACACCGAUCCCUCCAUGAGCGCGAGAGGAGAUCACUCUAUGAAAAGGCGUUGCGGUCAUCGCAUCAGCCCAUGUUUAAGAGACAUGCCGGACCAGGCCGAGGAGGAGGAGGGGACGGCGCACUACGAGACAACCCAGCCAUGUCAUUUGUAUUGCUCACUGAAUCUCAGAUUGCGUCCUCCGACGCGUUGUCUCUCCAGAAGAACAACCGUUCAUCAGCCCAAGACUUAUCCUCCGGUGCAUAUAGCAGCAACAACAGCAACACCAAUAACAACAAUGUGGGAGCAUCUGAAGAAGACGACAUGGCUAAUGCCCAUCUGUCGGACCAAAUGGAGCGCAUUCUCAAGCUGUUCGAGGUCAUUAGUGCUCGAUCCGACAUAGACCACCCAAUAUGUAUCGAGUGCUCCGACAUGCUGGUGGAGGAAAUGCAAAAGAAGCUUGAAUCUGCCAACCGGGAGAAGGAUGCAUAUGUCAACUAUCUCAAGGAGCUAAAAGCCUCCGAGCCAACGGACGAGGAGAUUCGAGCACAAGAGGAGGCCACCCGCAAAGCGAAGCAGGCAGAAAAGGAGUUGCUGGAAGAACUCAAGGCCCUCGAGCAGGAACAGGCGGCCCUGGAGAGGGAGAAGCUUGAGCUAGAGGCGGAAAUACGCGAGGUGGACAUCAAGGAAGAAGAGUUCUGGCGAGCACGAAAUGGCUUCAACACCACCCUGAUCGAUUUCCAGAACGAGCGGGACAGCAUCAACAGCAAGUUCGACCAUGACUCCCGGCAGCUGGAGAAGCUCCAGCGCAGUAAUGUCUUUAACGAUACAUUCUGCAUCAGCCACGACGGCACCUUUGCCACCAUCAACGGCCUCCGUCUCGGUCGCAUGCACAACGUCCCCGUCGACUGGCCCGAAAUCAACGCGGCAUGGGGCCACGCCCUCUUGCUACUCGUCACCGUGGCCGAGAAACUCAACUUCCGCUUCGAAGGCUAUGAACCGCAACCCAUGGGCUCAACGUCGCGCAUCGUCCGCAUCGAACCUGCCUCAACGUCCAUGGCAUCGUCCUUCUACCCUAGCCGACCCGUGGAUGCCAACGCCCCGCCGCCGCCCGCCAAGCGGACCGUCCUCGAGCUUUACUCCAGCGGUGAUUUUCCACUCGGCUUUACUUUUAUUCAUCGCAAGUUCGACACGGCCAUGGUGGCUUUCCUCGAGUUGGUGCGCCAGCUGGGCGUUCACGUGCAGGAACAGACGCGGAGGGAAGGUAAUCCACUUAGCCUCCCUUAUCAGAUCCAGGGUGACAAGAUAUCGGACGUCUCCAUCAAAUUGGGCGUUCAGCAGGACGAUAGCUGGGCUAAGGCUUGCAAGUUGACGUUGACUUGCUGCAAGUUCUUGCUCGCGCAUGCAAGCAAUGUGAGUGCGUCAUCGACGGCGAGGGCGAAUGCCUUGGGGUUGUAAAGCUCUUGAGUAUAUUGUUAGGGUCUCGGUGUUGGCAUUCUUUCCUGGGAUUGAGAAAGGUGCAUUGAUAUGGAUAUUACGAAUGUGUAUGAACACAGAGCUGGUUGCACGAUUAUGAUUUCGAGGCGUACGAGAUAUUGGACUGUAUACUCAUCGGCGAAAAUUCGCUUGGAUGAGGAAGUACGUAAGGUAUAGAUGGAUUGUAAGAAGAGCGAAGCAUUUUUAUUUGGAAUAGGCGCAAUGACUUGAAUGAGUAUCCCUUGAACAUCUUACCCGAAGUAGUAGACUAUCUGAGCCUGAAAAAAGACCAACUUCCAACCACUCUUAGCUGUCAAGCUCGUUUCCUCACCACUUCCUGUCGGCCUCUUUAAUAUUAUCACCAGCCUUCAUUCUUUCUAGCAAAUUCGGAUUCAGAGCCCUGGGAUGAAUACCCGCUUCCUAUAGAGAAAUGAAUAAACAAAAAGUCAGCAAAACACAAUGAAUUCCAUUUACUC